AUGGGAUGUGCUGCCGACCUUGUGCAUGAAUUCAUUCCCUCACGCAGGCCCAAGAAAGUGGUGAAAAAAAUUGUUGGUAUUGAUAUUGAUAGGAAAGUAAUUCCCACAAUCAAGGACUGCACAUUGGUGUCCUCCACACACGCCGCUCCUCGUCCAUUUAUGCACCUGGCGCUCUUGAUAGACGAACUAUUGCUUCAAAUAUUCUCUUUCUGCUUGGAAUAUGACCGGCCCUCUCUUGUAGCCGCGGCGCUCACCUGCAGAGCAUGGAAGGACCCUGCUCUUGACCUCGUUUGGGAUUGCCUUCUGUCUGUCGAGCCCUUGCUUCGUCUUCUGCCAGGCAUUUCCGGGAUAGAAAACAUUUCGGCCAGUGAGUCGUCCAGCAAUGCCUCCGUCGCGUUCAGUUCAUACGCUCGCCGUGUCAAAUACAUCAGCCAUCGUCAAGAAGCCAAUAACCAUCAUGUCAUAGUACCUGUGACGUAUCCACUCUUUUCUGCCCUCAAACUCGCCCUUCCUAACCUUAGGACCGCUCAUAUAUCCUUCCGUCGUUGCAACACUUCCUUCUUACCCUUAUACCUCUCGCCUGCCCUCUGCAAUCUAGAAGUUGAUUUGGGUUUCGGAAAAUCUUACAUCGACUUGGAUAGCAUGCUCUGCGACUACCUCGAAAAGACUAAUUUGUUGCCCAUCAAACUCGAGCGUAUUAGUCUUCGCGGACUCGCCUCAGAACGCCUUAACCGAGCUAUCUCCUCUUUCCACCACCUCCGCUUCAUCUCUCUCAAACUGGGGCGGUCGUUACUCCCGCAAACCGUGAAAGAAAUCACAACAUUCUCUUCACUCCUAGAAUUAGAGAUCCACGCUGGACACAUAGACCCUGACGAUCUAGAAGAUACCCAUAGACAUGCAAGCAUCUUCAAAUCCCUUCGCAAGUUGCAAAUUAGAGCCAAGGCAUCCUUCAUAGAACACGUUUUUUGCCAUUUAGAGCAAGAUACCCUCAAUCAUCUGCAUAUAGAAUUAGACGACCAUUCACCAUCUUCUAUAUCCUGGAACAACAUAUUCCGACUCAUCUGCGACAAAGCAUCUAAUACGCUUCACCAUCUUUCCCUCGAGCACCAUUUCGAGCUGCCGGAGAUGACCCCUUCCUCUUCUGCAUCACCUGGAACUUCUCUAUAUCUCAACCCAAAUAAUACACCCAACCAGGUUUCCCCCGCGCUACCGUUCUCGACGAUGGCGGACCUCAGGUGUCUCAAACACGUCAAGCACUUCGCCUAUGACACGACAGUCCCGCCUAUCAUCUACGACAAUGACAUCAAGAAGCUCCUUUCUUGGUGGCCAAACCUAGAGCACUUUGAGCUUGGGUCCGUACCUCAAACAGAGGAAGGUGGUCUAUUGCCACCCUUCCACAUGAUGAUGGCUGCGCUGACCACCUUCGCCGCCAAGGCGCCAAAGCUCCAAAAACUUGUUCUUCCUCUGCCUGUGGACAGCGUGGAAGGAGAACCGGACGGAAAAUUCUCCGUGGCCAAGUCGACCAGUCCAUUGAUGAGUUUGACUGUCGCCCAGCUUGAAACUUCGAAACCCUCCAACCUUGCCGCCUACCUACAUUGUUUGUUUCCUGCCUUACGAAAUCUAGAUGGACCUUGUGACAACAAUGUGGCUUGGACAGAGACUCGAGCAACUCUGUAUGCUCUUGCCUAA